CUCAUCGCAGCCUCUAAUUGGUACUCUUCAAACAACCGUUCUAGCAAUUACGAAGUCAUACAAUUUGACGAAAAAUAAUAUUUCCUUUGCCUCCUAACAAUGGGCGAGAAAGAUGGAGGAAAGAAUGAAGGUGAGAAGGCCGCUGACAAGAAGGACGACGGCAAGAUCACCGCCGUUUACAAGGUGGACAUGCAUUGCGAGGGAUGCGCCAAAAAAAUCAAGAGAGCUGUUCGCAGUUUCGAUGGUGUUGAUGAUGUCAAGGCGGAUUGUUCGGCCAACAAAUUGACGGUAAUGGGGAAACUGGACCCCUCCGGAAUCAGAGAGAAGCUGGAGCAGAAGAUCAAGAAGAAGGUGGAGCUCGUGUCUCCGCAGCCCAAGAAAGACGGCGGCGGUGACAAUAAGCCCAAAGAGGAACCAAAAAAGGAAGAAAAGAAGAAAGAUGAAAAGAAACCCGAAAAACCUAAAGAGAGUACGUUGGUUCUGAAGAUCCCACUGCAUUGCGACGGUUGCAUUCAUAAGAUGCGGAAGAUCAUCCAAAAGUUUGACGGGGUUGAGAAGGUUGACAUAGACGCAGGCAAAGAUCUGGUAACGGUGAAGGGCACAAUGGACGCGAAAGCGCUGGUCCCUUAUCUCACGGCGAAGCUGAAGAGGAGCGUCGACGUUGUUCCGCCGAAGAAAGACGAAGGCGGCGAUAAGAAACCAAAGGAAGGCGGCGGCGGAGGAGACGGAGACAAGAAAAAGGAAGGCGGCGGUGGCGGCGGAGAUAAGAAAGAGAAAGAAGGUGGUGGCGGCGGAGAUAAGAAAGAGAAAGAAGGUGGUGGCGGAGAUGCUGCGAAAAAAGAGGAAGGUGGAGGGGCCAAGGUGGAGUUGAGCAAGAUGGAGUACCAUGGGUACCCCUACGCGUCACCCACGUACUGGAACGGGGGGAACGUGUACGAUCAGAAUUACCCGGUGGAAGUUCAUCAUGCUCAGAAUUACCCGGUGGAAGCUUAUCAGGGGUAUGUAAAUCAUGGGUACGGGAACGAAGGGUACGUGAAUCAGGGAUACGCACAUCAGGGAUACGAGCUGCCGCACCCCCACGCCCACGCGAUGCACGCGCCUCAGAUGUUCAGCGACGAGAAUCCCAACGCUUGUUCGGUGAUGUGAGACAGAGAGAGAGGGAAAUCAACGGUGGCCGAUCAAAGAUUUGAAAAACACUGUAAAUAAGUGGACGGGGGGGUAUACAGAGAUUGAAAAAAAGUAGGAGUAAAUAUGUGAAAUUACGGAUGAGGACAAAUAGUAGAGCUCUAGAAUUUUGGAGUUCUAGAGUAGGUUACCCGUUACAGUAGCCAGCUGGUAUGGCCGGUUCAGUAGCGGGUUCGGUUGUUGGUUGUCGGUUUAUUUGUCCUUUUACGGUUUAAGUUUUGUACUAAUUUUUUAGAAUAUAAUAUUAAAUAAACAUAUAAUAUGUUAUUCACAAAUAACAAAACAAAUAGGUUUACGAUGA